CACACUGUCCACGCGAUUGGUGCGCCACUGCCCUUCCUCGGGACCCGGAUGAAAAAUUGGUCGUUUGUACAGCGUGUGGGUAUGCGUUUUGUGCGGAUUGUAGUAGGACGUGGCAUGGCAUUUCUGAACCGUGUCGACGAUUGAAACUUUCCUAUGAUCUUGCAGAACAGUACCUUGCACUCGGCGAUGAUCUCUCCGGCAAGGGCAAACUCGAACGCCUGUAUGGACGUAAGAAUCUCGAACGUCUUGUUCGUGAUAUGGAAGACGAGCGGCUAGCGGACACAUGGCGUCAAGAAAAUGCUCAACAGUGCCCGAGUUGUGAGAGUUGGGUACAAAAGGCGAGUGGCUGCAAUCACAUGUCUUGCAGCGUAUGUCGGUGUCACUUUUGUUUUCUCUGUGGCGAAUCCUUGCCUGUCAAGAAUCCUUACUUGCAUUAUGGAAAAGGUAUGGCGUGUGCUGGUAGGCUGUUUGAAGGUCUUACUGGCUUGGAGGAUCCGUUUGCAGAAGGGCCAUUUGCCUAGAUUGAUGCGUGUAUCGCGAGUGCUCAGCUGCAGGUACCACUUCCAACAAGGCAGCAGCCAGGCUGUCGUCCCUCUCCACUAGUCCAUGCCACUCGGGCGCUGAUUCUAGUUGAAGGGGCAAAAGUGGCUCAUCGUGCUGAAGCACAACCACCUCCGCCCGGCCACGCGACUUUGCCUCAGUCGAGUCUUCCAAACAUAACUGCAGGGGUCUGUAGUCUCACGACAAAGCCUCAUUUCCCAUCCCUGCAGCUUACUAAACUGAGCCUAGCUAGGCAAUUUUCGCAAAAGUAUCAUUUCAGGGGAGCGCAU